AUUUUUGUCUUUUUUUCUUUUAAAUCUCAAGCAAUCGUGACAUAACUAUCGAAGAUAGUAAUAGAGUAAGAUAGUAAGAAUUAUAUAAAAUAUACAUACAAAUCAACUAUCAAUUACGAUAGUUGUCUCAACAUGCUGAAAAUAUUUUCAUUGAUAUCAAUUCGCUAAACAUAUAUGGGAAUUACUUGCAUCAACACGAAAUUCAAUGAAAUAAUCAUGGACAAAAAUAUUCAAGAAGAACAAGCAAAUCUAAAAGACGAACAACAAUUUUUGAUUUCCGUGGAGGAUACCCUCGACACUGUCAAACGAAGUAUCCAUAAAUUUAUAACCGACGUUCCACAAGCGCUCGCAAAUUCCGGAUUAGAUUUAGAUUUGGAAAAAUUGAAUAUAGAAAAUGAUCAAAAAAUUCAGGAUCCCAUUUCUGAUCAAACAAAUAAGGAAGAAAAAGAGAAAAUUUCAGCCCUGAACAUGAAGUGUGACCAAUUGCAGAGUCAACUGCAGCUACAAAUAAAUAGAAACAAAAAGGCAGAGGAAGAAAUAGAAUAUCUGAGAGAACAAAUAUUGAAUCAAAGUACGUACUGCGCGACUUUGGGAGCGGUCUUAGGAAAUUUAACAUGGCGUGCAUCUCGAUUUCCGGAAAUCGUCGAUGUCUGGCUUUCCGGGUUUCAGCACAUGAUCGGCGAAUUUUUAUCGAUAACGGACGGAAGUUUCGUCGCAUUCAUAAACACUUAUCGAAAUGCUUUCCCCCCUACAUGCAAUGUUGAAUAUCAAUUUAUAAUUGGAUUGUUAGGCAUUGUAACGAAUAUAUCUGCAACACCAGAGGGACGUGAAUUUUUGAUCACCGAUACGAACGGCAAAGCUUUCGUGCAGAAAAUGGUGAAACUCAUGCCCACGUUGCCACUUUCGCAAGGCUCUCUGUCCCUAAAGAGAUUGAUGCUGAUGAUAUUCUACAAUGUCAGCAUGAAUAAAACCGGACUGCAGUAUCUUUUCGAGUCGCGGGUAAGCGACGUGUUAGACUGUUAUUUGAGGAACAACUCGUUACCGGAUGAGACACAGUUCCUUUGUCUGCGCGUGCUGCAGUCGAUGACAUACGGUCUAAUGAAUCCCAAGUACAUUCAAGACCUGACCAACACCCUACCGAUCAGCAGAAUAGAAAAUAUAGCGACAUCGAACAAAAACGAAAUGAGCGCAGUCGCGAAACAAGUGAUAAAACAGUUGCGGGAUUCGCAUAAAUUCAUUCACAUGAAUUAAGCGCGUGACUGUCCGGAGCGUGACUAUUCGACGAGCUCAAAUUUUGUUAAUGAGAAUGGAAUUUCUAUUCGUUCAUAUUCCAGAUUAACGGGAAUUAUUAAAAUAUUCGAACGAAGUGCAGCUUGCCUUCCCAGCCGAAGGACACGAAUUUCAUAUUUUACGAUUGCACCGCUAUCACAAUGACGAAAUAUCUUUAGCGUUCGUGACUCUGAGAACUGUCGAAUAUCGAUUUGCCUUGUGCAGCUACAAAAUAAAAGCAAUUGUGCGGGAUAACGUACGAAAUAGUACGAAAUCAAUUAUACGUACGGUCGUUAUCGAAUGCACAAAUAUUUUCCGAG